CAAUGGAGGAUUCUGUGAAGUGACUGGGGGCUCCCCCUGUCCCCCCCUCUCAGGGACUUUUGCUUUGCUCCAUCACUGGGAGGGGUGGCAGGAGCAGACAUCAUGAGGAUCACCAGGAGCCCCCAGCUAGGCCUGCUGGCCCUCAGCCUGCUCUGUACUCUCUUGUCCCUUGCUCAGUCCUUGACGUGUGAGGUGUGUAAGCACUCAGGACCCUCCUGCACUGGCAAAUUGAAGCUCUGUGAGGCCGGGAAGGAUGCUUGCAUAAUCGUUGUGGGGUUGUCCACCACAGUCCCAGGGGGCAUAGAGUCCGUGGACACCUCCAAAAGCUGCAUGAAAUACAAGCACUGUUACUCAGGCUUCAUCUCCACUAGUCUGGGGCUCGAGGAACACAUGGUGUCCAACUCGUAUUGUUGCCAGGAAGACGGCUGUAACAAGGGCAGCAUCCCGACCCCGAGGAACAAUAGCACACGGAACGGACUCCGCUGCCCAGCCUGUAAGGCCACCUUCCGCGAAUACUGCUCCGGGAAGGAGCUGGUCCAGUGCGUAGGGAACGAGACACAUUGCGUCUACUUCGCGGGGACGGUGUAUGCAGGCAUCCUCAGAGCCAAAUUUGCCGCCCGUGGAUGUGCCAGUGAGAGCGCCUGCAACGCCCAGAUUAAACCAGUUCCCCUAGACGAUCGGCUCUGCAUAUGUCUCUCGGGAGUCAGCGGCAUCACGUUGGGCAUAAGGGAAGAGGUAGAGACGAACAGGGGCUCAGGUCGGAGCUUAGGAAAGGCAGCAACCAGGCUCGCUGAACUCAGAUAAUCUCAGUCUCUGCACCCCGAGGGGCAGAAGAGCACAAGAAUAGCGUCGGUGAAGUUCAAAUACCAAUUCCCCUUGGAGGGGAACGAGGAGGGAAAUGAAUACUUUCCCAUCGCUUUCAUUUCCAAAUAGAUCCCUCCCUCUACUCUUUCCAGUGAUCCAGCCCUUGUCCCAAAGAAUAAAGAAAAAAGAAAAAAAAACAGUUCGGUAAAA